AUGUUCCAAAAGUUCCAUAAAAACACAUCGGGUUUUGCCAUUUCGAUCACCGCUCGCUCUGGCGAGGGACUCGAGAAGACAAAGAAAGAAUGUGUUGCAGCUGGGAUCAAGGAGGAUAAAGUUGUGAUCACUGUCGGUGAUUUGAUGUUGGCCGAAACGGCUGAGAAAGUCGUGAAGAACACAAUUGAGAAGCUUGGAUCGAUCGAUGUUUUGGUAAACAAUACUGGUUUCCUCCAUUUCGGAGCCAUUUCAACGUCGACUAUCGAAGAUUUCGAUAAGCAGAUGAACUUGAACUUGAGGAGUCUUCAUCAAUUGACCCGUCUCGUCAUUCCACAUAUCUUGAAAUCGAAGGGAAACAUCGUCAAUGUGAGCAGUGCGGGUUCGCAGAUGCCGGUUCCAGGCUGUGGCUUCUAUUGUAUGUCAAAAGCAGCUCUUGAUAUGUACACAAAAUGCUUGGCACUCGAGUUAGCACCACAAGGAGUUCGAGUUAACAGCAUCAACCCCGGAUUGGUGAUGACAGAGUUCUCAGUGAACGCCGGUUUGGCUGACGCCACUAAUAAAAAAGAACGAUAUAAUCAACUCGGCGCCACAAACCCAAUUGGACGAGCCGCUUCACCGGAAGAGAUAGCCAAAACAAUCUACUUCUUGGCUAGCAAGAGCAGCGCCUUCACAACGGGAACAAUAAUGAUCAGUGAUGGUGGAAGAUUGUUGGGAACAGCUCCACAAUUGAAA